AUGCCUAUGCACCUACCUAUAACACGAUUGUGGUUAGGUCCAGUACCACUAAUAGUAACAGUCGAUCCGAAAAUUAUCCAAGAACUUUUAAACAACGAUAAUGCUUUGGAAAAAGCUUGGUUAAUGAAAACAAUAUUAAAAACUUUCAUUGGUGAUCCAAUACUCAUAUCAGAAGGUAAAACAUUCCCAUCACAUGCGAAACGUAAUCGAAGCAUACUUGCAAGAGGUUUUUCUUUAUCAAUUUUAAAAUCGUAUUUUAAAUUGUUUGCGGAUCAAAUCAAUAUAUUAACUGAUAUCUUGGAUAAGGAAAUAAACAAAGAAACUUUUUUUGAUAUUUAUGUAAUUUUUGCAAAGACUACGCUGGAUUCUAUUUGCGCAUCCAGUUUGGGAGUGAAUAUCAAUGCACAACAAAGCGAUUCAUCUUAUUUCGAAGCUAUGCGAAGUGGUAUGCACGUGAUGAUGGCUAGAGGAUUCAAUCCAUUGAAAUAUCCUGAUAUAAUUUAUCGCUUUACAAAAGACUAUAAGGAAACAAUAAAAUGUAAGGAUAUUGUACGAUCAGUAACCACAAAAAUUAUUUCCGAGAAACGUAAAAAAGUUAAAAACACCAAUCAUAACAACGUACUUGAUUCCAAAUCUGUAAUCAGAAAUGAAUUUAAAAAACCAUUAUUGGAAUAUUUGAUUGAUUUUUCAAAAGAAAAUCCAGACUUCACGGAUGAAGAAUUAGCAGACGAAGUAAAUUUUACGACAGUUGCAGCUUUUGACACGCUCGCAAAAUCCUUGAGUUUGGCCGUUGUCAUUUUGGCUUUAUAUAAAGAUGUACAGAAACGAGUGUGUGACGAACUGUUUCAAGUACUUAAGGAAUCGAAUCGAGACGAAGUCGAUUUUGAUAAUUUACCAGAAUUAAAAUAUAUGGAAAUGGUAAUCAAAGAAAUGAUGAGAAUAUUUCCUGCUGUGCCAUUAAUCGUUAGGGAAUUAACAGAAGAUAUUAAUAUCGAAAAUUAUACAAUUCCAAAAGGAGCGAAUGUUGCUAUUCCAAUAUAUUGUUUACAUCGAAAUGAAAAAUAUUGGGAAGAUCCAUUAAAAUUUGAUCCGGAGCGCUUUUUGGCAGAAGAUACAGAAAAACAACAUCCAUAUGCGUUUAUACCAUUUAGUGGAGGUGCUAGAGGAUGUCUAGGUUCGCGAUAUGCAUGGAUUUUUAUGAAAUUAGCAUUAGCCAAAUUAUUGAGCCGAUAUGAAUUUCACACCAGUAUAAAAGAUUUGAGUGAAAUAAGAAUUGAACUUGAAAUGACACUUGGAAUCAUAGAUGGUGCUCCAGUUCGAAUUACACCGCGUCAAAAAUGA